GGAAAACGGAAAGAGAGACAUAUCAGAGAGAAAGAGAAGGGAAAACGAAAGAGAAAGGGAGGAAGAGAAGGAAAAGACGGAGAACGCUGAGAAGAUUCGUGUGAUAAUAGAAAUGUGUGAGAAACAAUUCGAGCCUGAAGAAGGAAGGUGGUCGACCAUGUUAGAAGAUGUUUUGGGGUUGAUCCUGAAUCGCUUACCUUACAUGGACCAUCUCCGUUUCAGUGUCGUCUGCAAAUCUUGGAGCUUGGUGGCAGCAAUGAAAUUAUAUCACCCUACCCACCAGAUUCCGUGGCUGAUGAUCCCUGGUGAAGAAGAGAGUGAAUCCUGUGGUUUCUAUAGCCUCUCUGACAAAAAGGUUCGAACUCUCAACUUACCUGAGUUUCGUGGGAUGCGGUGUGCUGGAUCCUUUAAUGGGUGGCUGGUAACCCUUGACGAGAGAGCUGACAUUAGUUUGUGGAAUCCCUUCUCAAGAGCCCGAAUCCAACUUCCACCACUGACGACACUUCCAUGUGUGUGGAAUGUUGUCCAUGAUUCGGAAGCAGGCACAACCUAAUAUAUCAUUUCAUCACAUACAGAUGACGAGAAUGGUGAAUAUCCAUUUACGGUUCCAGCGAAACAAAUUCGGGAUACCUUUAUAUGGAAGGCGGUUUUGUCUACCCGGCCUGCUUUGACUGGCGAUUGCAGUGAUUGUGUAGUCAUGAUAAUCUUUGGUGACAGAUAUGAACUGGCAUUUUGUAAGGUGGGAGACAAGUCAUGGACUGCUUUGGAAGGACCAUGUUGUCCCAUUGAUGACACCAUAUUUUAUAAGGAUCAAUUCUAUGUAGUGGGUGAACCUGGAGGUACUGUAGCUUGGGAUGUUUCCGGCCCUUCUCCAAUGGUAACAGAAAUUGCACACUUGGGAAAGUGGAUUCAUACAAAGAAGUACCUGGUAGAGUUAAGAGGGGAUUUGUUGCUAGUUGUUAGGCGCUGGCACUCACCACCUGAUAAUCGUUAUGUAGAUGAUCUGUUGCCUGAUGAUUGUAAUGUAGAUGAUUUGCCACAACCUGAUGAUUGUUAUGUAGAUGAUCUGCCGCAACUUGAUGAUUGUAAUGUAUAUGAUCCGCCGGAACCUGAUGAUUAUUAUGUAUAUGAUCUGCCACCGGUAACAACAGCGAGAUUCAAAGUUUUCAAGCUCGACUGGAACACAAGAAGAUGGAACCAAGUAAAAUGCAUAGGUGAUUAUGUUUUGUUCUUGGGUGGUAACCAAUCCAUGUCGCUCUCAGCCCGUGACUUCUCAGAGUGUAAAGGGAAUCAUAUCGAUUUCUGUGAUGACGAUUGGGAGAUGUUUGUUGAGUGUAAAGCUUGGGGAAAUGAUUUGGGGAUAUACAACAUAAAACGUGGAAGCUUCGACCGAUUUUAUGAUAAAGAUUCUCAAAUAAUUAUGCACCCACCUAUUUGGGUUACACCCAGUGUUUUAAAUAGCGAUGAGAUGGAUGAAAUUCUUGAAAGAUUAUCAUUUCGACAUCUGCUAUCAUCCAAGUAA